AAAUAAAAAAGGGGUUUUCCUUAUUCCAAUAGCGAGGCGAGACAUCGAUUCCAAAGGUGCGUUUCUGCUGUGCUAGGGUUUCUGCAUCUUCCACCUCCGUCGCGAUGAAACCAGGCUUCAUCUGAUUCCGAUUUCCCUUCGCUCCUUCUCCUCCUUAACAUUCAUCUUCUUCGAUUCCUCUACAAAUUAUGAUUAUUAUUAUGAUGAACUCCAUCUUCGCCUCGCAUAACCUUCGCGUCUUCGGUCCCGGCUUGAAUCCCUUCGCACCUUAUUGCAUCGCCAAUCACUCCCUUUUCCUUUCCCUUUCCUCUCGCUAAAUUACAAUUCCCUUUCUUUUUCCUCUCCAACUUCUCCUUCUCCGUUUCUCCGAACAUGUAAAUUCGGAGGACACCGUCUUUGAUUCGGUCUAUUUUUUUGGGGGUUACUUUACUUCGGUUACGCGUCGUCGUUUUGCUUUUCUUUGUCGUCGUUUUUGCGUUGCGUUGAUUGCUGAGAAAGAAAGAAAGAAAGAAAGAUGCUGGAGGAACAGCCUGUUGUUUUGUUCAGGAAGAGCCCUUCCAGGAGGCGCUUGAGAUCUGCUUUUGCUACCGAUGAUAGGGGUUGGACCUCGCUUCAUGUUUUCGCUCGAAAAGGCGAUCUCAAAUUGGUUAAAAAACUUCUCAAUGAAGGAAUGGAUGUCAAUGUGUCUGCAUGGGGCCCCAAAUCAAAAGGGGUGACCCCUCUCCACCUUGCUGCCGAAGGUGGUCACAUUGGAGUGAUGGAUGUACUACUUGAGUGUGGUGCUGACAUUGAUGCCAGAACUAAGGGUGCUUGUGGCUGGACGCCGCUCCACAUUGCAGCCAAGGAAAGGAGGAGGGAUGCUGUGAAAUUCUUGAUAGAGAAUGGAGCCUUCAUGCCACCUGAUAUCAGUGAUAGCAGAUUUAACCCACCGCUUCAUUACUGCCCCGGACUGGAAUGGGCCUAUGAGGAGAUGAAGCGACUUCGUCAGGAAGACUUGUCUGCUGGAGAGACAUGUUACAGCUCUGAAAGUUAAUUUGCUUUUCAGGGAUUUGGUUGGUGUUUGAUAGUGUGUUUGGAUGCCAUUCAGAGGAGAUCAAAGUUAAUAUAACUAGCUUUUGCGUCACCUUUACAAAUUUGACAUGAAAAUAUGCUGAUACGUACAUUCAGAAAGCGUAUCCAGACAUGCACUGUAUCUGUAUUGUAUGAAUAAAUGUACAAUUGAAAUAAAACUACUAUGUAGUGUAUGGGGAUGUUUUACUAUUUUAGCAUCUUGGAUGCCCUUGUUUAUGGAAACAAUUAUGUACGAUUAUUAAUGUGAUAUGCUGUGAUUGUUGAUGUUUUCAUUUACGUGUUGUA